CGGAACUUUAGUUCAAGGCCGCAUAUGAGCGAACACGGAAGGAAUAGACGGCGUACCAAGCGCAUUCUCUGUAUUUCCCUCAAUCGGCCGCUUGACCCCGGAGAUAAACCGUGUAUUCUCGAUUAAUGAGGUUUUCAGCCUGAAACAGAGAUGUUCUCUGUUGUAUUUAGAAGAAGCGUUUUUGCAGCCCAGAAGGUGUGUCGCUGGGCUGGUCCGCCACAAAGAUGCUGGACAUCAGCCCUGAGCACAGCUUCUGAUGGUGAAUCCAGCUCCCUGCUGAGACAUUCGGUCUCUUCAGCAAGAAUGCCAUUGUCAGAAAGGGAUGAUGGACAAUUAAAAUGUCCCGCUGUCCACAGUUUCAGGAGGGCUGAACUCCUCCAGAGGACUCAGACUUGUGUCGCUCCAUUUUUACUGAGGAACCAACAUUUUCACUCCUCUGUUGUGAGGUUGAAGAAGCGACCGCAGCCUGUUCCUCCUCCAAGAGAACUGGAUCUGCUGCGCUAUGACAUGCAGGACUUGUGGAAAAGUCCCAAACCCGCUCUGUACCUGUGGUUUGCAGGGCUGAUCCCCUUUGUCACCCCCACUCUGUUCAUGGCUGUCACUGAGAGCUACUAUCCAGAGUUGGCCUUUGCUCAGUUAGCUUAUGGUGCAUCCAUGCUUUCUUUCUUGGGUGGAGCUCGCUGGGGAUUUGCUCUUCCUGAGGGCAGCCCAGCUCAGCCUGACUGGAAGAACUUGGCCAACAGCGUGGUCCCUUCCAUUUUCGCCUGGGUGACCAUAAUGAUGAGCUACAGCUUUACAACUGCAGCCACCAUGGUGAUUAUGGCACAUGGAAUCUCGCUGCAUUAUGAUCUGUCUCUGCUGCCCACUUACCCCAGCUGGUUAAAAGCCAUGCGCGCCAUCCUGACCACUGUGGUAUUUUUUUCUUUUCUCGGUGCAAUCUUAAUCCAUGGACAAUACCCAGAAAAGAAGAUAUUCUUGGAUUAAACUGUAUUAUAUAUAUAUAUAUAUGUAAACUGUAAUAUUUAAAAUUAAAGAGCUACCAUAAUUUUAUUUGGGUGAUCAUAUUUCAAGGUAUUUUGGGACAGCAGAAACUGGGAUCUUUAAAAGCAAAACAGAAUAGAAUUUGCAUCUAAUGUGCACUCGGGACAUACAGUAUGUUUGUCUUUAUCAUUCAACAUACUCUCAAUAUGUUUAAGUUACCAGAACCAAAAAUGACUCCUUAAAUUUGUCUCAUUUGUCCCACCAACAGUUAAGAACCCCUGUCAUCAUUCGUCAUGUUAAAGAGUAAAAAGAAACAAAAUUGAGGAGCAAAGUCAUUAUCACAAUGAACAAUCUUGUGAGUUAUUCAGCAGAAACUAAGUGCAGCAGUUUCUUUCUGUCCCUUCUUUGGUGCAGUGCUACAAAUUAGCGGAGCCACUGUUGCUGUGUCCUUUUACGUGGCCAAGAUCAGACAGCUUAAGCCAGGAGUAUUACACAUCACUGGGAAAAGCCAUUAUGUAAGAUCUAAACUGGUGCAAUCUGUACUUAAAGUAUCGUGGCUCAAAUGGCACAAUACACACGACGCGAGUGACAACUUGUACUCGGUUUAGGAUACUUCAUGGUAUACGGACUAAGUCUUCAGAUUUAAGAAGUUCCGAGACUCUGAUGGUCUCUUUAUGUGAUGCUGUGGCACAUGUUCCUGUACAUUUAACUACAAUAAGCUGAAAAUACACUCAAAAUGCUUUUGUAUACAAAUGUUUUAAUAAUGUAAACACCAGCAUCCAAUCAACCAAAUAUUGAAAAGAAAGGCAAAAAAAUGGUGGAGAAGUCCACAGAUAUCUGAGAAAAAAGCACAUAAGGCACAUUACUCCCCCAUUCGUGGAACUCACUGAAAAGGUGCAACAGUGACGUCCUGUGUAAACCAACAACACUGGGGUGAAAUCCAGACUUAAACUGUCCCAGACGUUCCAUAAUACGAAUCACCAAAGUGAAAAUACAGUAUUGCACUUUAAAAGUUUUCCUCAGAUUUCUUAGUGGAAAAGCUCCCCACUCAGUGGGACAUCUUAAACUGUAUUUUGGGAAUCAUUGCACGAGUGUCUAUAAAUGAAUGAAAGAAGUGAAUAUUGUGAAUAUUCAACUUUUUUUUGACAAAGAUA